UGUCCUAUAUAAAGCAUGUUUCAAAGUGUAGAGAAGAAGAAGCGAGAGAGAAAGAUGGAGAAGCAAAUGUCAAAGGAGUCAGGUAAAGAAAGCACUGAGGGGCUUCCAAUGAAGGACAGUCCCUACAUGAAUUACAAGGACUUGGAGGAUUACAAGCAUCAAGGUUAUGGCACCCAAGGUCACCAAGAACCAAAGACAGGUCGUGGAGCUGGAGCCACUGAAGCACCCACUCUCUCUGGUGCUGCACUUUCCUCUCAGGCACAACUCACUGCCAAAGAUAAACUCAAUACCAAAUGAGCCCCUUAAUUAAUUAAUUCACACUUCUCCUUCCCUUAAUACCAAAUGGUUUCUUUUAAUCUGGGAUACAAGACUUUGCAUUUAGCGUAUUGUAUUUUUCUAUAUAGCACGUUUUGGAUGUUGACAUGUUGUGGCAGUAAAUCCUCCUUUCUCAAAUUUAGAUUAUAUCAGGAUAGGGUGUGUUUGUAUUUGUGAUACCAUGGAUAGAAAUGAUACUUUUACUCUUAUUAUAUUUUUUGGUCC